AUGGAAAACAUUCGGCUAUGCCCUGAGGGGGCCCCCAAAAAUACUACCUUUUUAUUUGGAACGGUGACCAGUACACACAACGCAGAUACCCUCAGUGCGCUGAGACGGGAUUUGGAUGCGAUGCCUGACUUGGAAUGGAUCAAAGACACAGUCAGUGAGCUGCCCAGCUAUUGUGAUAUCGUAAUGAGCAAGUUGCCAGCCGUUGAGGGUUCUCUUCCAGAACGGCAGAGCUUGGAAAAGAUGGACCGCUGGCUUCGGCAGGGCUUCGAUGCUGAGGAGAAGUCGACUCCGCUAACCAACAUCAUCCUCCUGCCAUUGGUGGUGAUGAUCGAGUUGAAAGAGUUUUGGCAAUACAUCAGCCAGUUUGGGGACAAAGCCCAAGACCCGCUACAAGAAUAUUUGGCUCUUGAAGAAAAUGGAUCCAUCGAAACGGUCGGCUUCUGCGCUGGACUUCUGGCUGCCUAUGCAGUCGCUGGCUCCCAUUCUCGCCUUGAUUUCGAGAAGUAUGGAGCUGUUGCUAUCCGCCUGGCUAUGCUAGUGGGGGUAGUGAGUGACAUUCUGGAUGGAUGGCAUGAGAAGGCGAUAUCAUACGUGGCUGCUUGGCGCACAUCACAGCAGGGCGACCAGAUGAACCGAAUCGUCAACAGACUAUAUCCGCGGGCCUACAUUUCCGUGUUGUUUGAUCAACGCCGUGUGACUAUCACGACCACAACGCAACGCAUUCGUUCAACUCUUCUACGUCAACUACGGGCCGCGGGUCUCAUUGUCACCGAAGCCAGCAUGACAGGCCGCAUCCAUUGCCCUACUGGCGAGUCCAAGGACAUCACUGACACUAUGUAUGAGCUAUGUGGAGCCAUGCCCGGCUUGCAGCUUGCUCAAGCCUCCCAGCUUGCCAUUCGUACCUACGCCAAUCACGGGGAUGGGCAACCUGUCUCUAGCGGCUAUCUCCAUGAAGUAGCUCUGCGAGCACUUGUUUCCACCCAGUGUCGCUGGUACGAGACUUUCGCGGCACUACCGCUAUGGCGGGUGGACUCCAUACAGUCAAUUAUUUCAUUUGGACCAGAUCAUUGCGUGCCUGCAUCCUUUGUACACUCUUUGGGCCAUAGCUUGACUCCUUUUUCAGACAUGAUGCUUGAUUCUGCUCGGUUUGCUGCCCAUACUACUACGCCUGUGGCUAGUACUGCCCAUUCUACUACUUUCAAACCUACUUUCGCUGCUGAUCCUGCUGAUCUUGGCGACACUGAUACCAUUUCUAUGAAAUCGCCGCUGACCCCGGAGAAGUCCAAUGAUAAUCUUCCCACAAUUCAACCGCCGCUUCCCAAACCGAAAGAGCAUCGACAGCGGCAGGCCCAAACAAAUCAGACACUUGAUUCAGAGGAAACUGCAAUUGCGAUAGUAGGUAUGUCCAUCAAAACAGCUGGGGCAGAUGACGUGGAUGAGUUCCACCGCACUGUGCAGUCAGGUGUGUCCCAGCAUGAAUUGAUUGGGCCUGACCGAAUCAAAUUCCAUACGUUGUGGCGCGAGGGUGACUGGGACCCAUCCCACAGAUGGUACGCCAACUGGAUGCGGGAUAUUGACAGCUUCGAUCACCAAUUCUUCAAACGAAGCCCGCGAGAAGCUGCUAAUAUGGACCCACAGCAGCGACUGGCUUUACAGGCUGCCUACCACGCUGUUGAGAAAGCAGGUUAUUAUGUACCUGACAGAGGCCCAGGAGCAGGCAAAAGUCGGAAUCAACUGGACUCAAAUCAUGUCGGUGUUUAUGUGGGUGUGACAUCGGAUGAUUAUCAGAGUCAUGUCAGAUCCCACCGCGCAAACGCUUUCACCGCUACAGGGACCAUGCGCAGCCUCAUCGCCGGCAAAAUAGCUCAUCAUUUCGGCUGGAAAGGACCAGCCUUGACACUCGAUACCGCAUGCUCCUCAUCUGCUGUGGCUAUUCAUACAGCAUGUCGGGAUUUGUUAACUGGCGACUGUACUGCUGCCCUUGCAGGGGGUGUCAACGUUAUGACAGACCCACUGGCCUUCCAAGACUUGGCUGCUGCUGGCUUUUUGAGUCCCUCUGGCCAAUGCAAGCCAUUCGAUGACUGCGCGGAUGGUUACUGUAGGGGAGAGGCUGUAGGAUUUGUUUUUUUGAAGCGGCUCUCAGAUGCUUUGGCAGAUGGUAAUCAGAUAUUGGGCUGUAUUGCCAGCUCAGCCGUCUAUCAGAACGAGAAUCAUACGCCAAUUGUGGUUCCUAACUCACCUUCUCUAUGCAAUCUGUUCAUGCAUGUGAUCAGGAAAGCACAUGUACAGCCGUCAGAUAUCUCUAUCGUCGAAUCCCAUGGGACAGGUACACCAGUUGGAGAUCCUGCCGAAUGGGCCAGCGUACUUCACACAAUGGAGGGGCAACAGAGAGACGACCCGGUCUAUGUUGGUUCUGUUAAAGGCCAUGUCGGCCAUACCGAGGCUGCGUCUGGUGUGGUGGCGCUCAUUAAAGUAUUGAACAUGAUACAGAGCGGAUAUAUUCCACCUCAGGCCAGCUUCUUGCGACUUAGCCACCUUAUCCAGCCAUCCGAUGUGAUGCAAGUUGCAACCAGCCAACGACCCUGGCAUUCUAAGCGCAAGGUUGCUCUCAUCAACAACUACGGCGCCAGUGGAUCCAACGUGGCAAUGGUCGUUACCGAGGCGCCAAUACCUCGCCUCCGGUCUGGUCAGACCAAUGCAGAGAGAGCUGUAAAUCUUCCCUUUUGCAUCACAGCACACACUGCCAAUAGCGCAAAGGAGACCUGCGCUCGAAUUUUAAGCUACCUUGACCUUCAUUCGGGAGCUAGUCUUGCUGACCUUUCUUUCAACAUGCAUCGUCAAUCCAAUCGGUCUUUGCCCUACAAGCUUGCGUUUCAAUGCUGUUCUAUGGAAGAAUUGAAAAUGAAAUUAUCUCAUGUGGUGACAGCUUCCCCAGCACCAGGGGCAGAUGUAAAGAUUACGGCUACUCAACCCGAGCGACCAGUGAUUCUCUGCUUUGGUGGCCAAAUGUCAGAAUCGAUUGGAUUGAAUCGUAGCUUGUGGGAACAGGCUCAGAUUUUACGUCACCACCUGGAUGAGUGCGACGCGGUGAUCCAGUCAUUUGGACUGAAAAGUAUCUACCCCGACAUCUUUUCCCACCAACCUGUCCGAGAUCAGCAACAACUUCAAGUAAUGCUUUUUGCGAUGCAGUAUUCCUGCGCAAUGUCUUGGCUGCAGUCCGGGUUAUCCAGUCGAGUCGCUGCAGCUGUCGGUCACAGCUUCGGAGAAAUUACUGCCAUGUGCAUCUGUGGCAUUCUAAACCUGCAUGAUGCCGCAAAACUGGUAGCCGGAAGAGCGACAUUGGUCCGAGACUUGUGGGGAGCUGAUCCCGGAAUGAUGCUCGCUGUCGAGGCAGACGAGGAGGAGGUAAAAGCUCUAUUAUCGGAGGUUAACCGGACAUAUAACGGUUCCCAUCUGAUCAGCAUUGCAUGCUAUAAUAGUCCGCGGAGUUUCACUUUGGCGGGACCUCGAGAGGGAAUCGGUGCUACAAUUGACCUUAUUUCCCGGAAUUUCCCCACGAUUCGAAGUAAAACACUACGAGUCACCAACGCCUUCCAUUCAAGUCUUGUCGAGCCGCUAGAACAGCAGCUAGAGUUACUUGGACAGAGUGUGGCUUUCCAGAAGACACGCAUUCCUCUGGAACGAACGACGGAGAAGAGAUAUUCGUUAGAGCUCCUUGGGCCUAAGUUUGUGGCCGAGCAGAUGAGACAACCGGUCUUUUUUCACCAUGCUGUGCGACGCAUAGCCGAAGAUUAUCCUGACAGUGUCUGGCUGGAGGCAGGAUCUUGCUCCACGGUGACCGUCAUGGCUCAGCGAGCCCUGGGUCCUGCUCCAGGAACUCCGCGCUACUUUCAAGAAGUCAAGAUCAACAGCUUUGAUGCUAUCAACAAUCUCAGUGAUGCAACAGUCUCCUUGUGGAAAGAGGGGGUUUUGACUUCUUUCUGGCCGCACAACGCCUAUCAAACUCACGAGUACGCUACCUUGGCCUUGCCUCCAUAUCAAUUUGAGAACAAUAAGCACUGGGUAGUUCUCAGGUCUCCAGUAGAUCUGAUCCAGGAAAUCAAAAAAUCCGCCCAGUCAGACAGCUUCAUCCAGCAAGUGAAUUCGGUCGACGAUGCUAGUCGACGAUGGGUUUUUACUGGCUACAGAGAUCCCGAUAGUAAUGGGAAGAAACAGCCUUGCUUCCACAUAAACACCGCUUCCGAACAAUACCAGAAACUGGUCUCGAAUCAUAUCGUCACCAACACCGCUGGCAUCUUCUCUGGCAUGCUGCAAGUGGAUCUGGCUGUAGAAGCACUUUUCAGCCUUCAUCCGGACUGGGUCACGAAUGGGUUUCGCGCGACCCUAUAUGACAUGGCCCACCAGUCACCAAUCUGUAUUAAUCCUUCACGUAUUUUGUCUCUGGAGUUUGAGGAUAAAGGGAAUCGCUUCUGGGAUUGGAAGAUAGUCGGGUUAUCGGAAAACUCGUCCCGCGUUCUUCACACCACCGGGCGACUGCGAUUGCAGGCCCCAACUGAUGCUGCUUAUCAGGCCGAGUUUAGACGACUCGGUCGCCUUGUCGAUCAUGCAAGGUGCUUGGCUUUGCUGAACAUCACUCCCGGCCACGAUGACGUGGAGAUUCUGCAGGGACGUAGUGUAUACCGGACGUUCCGCGACAUCGUGAACUUCGGAGAGCAGUACCGUAGCCUCAGCUUGCUAGUUGGUCGGGGCAAUGAAAGUGCGGGGCGCAUUGCUCGGACGCAACAUAAUCGUGCCUGGUUUGACCAGAUAAGAGGAGAGCAUAUCAGUCAGGUUGGCGGCAUUUGGGUCAACUGUAUGACCGAUCACAGCCCGAGUGAUAUUUUCCUCGGGGCAGAAUUGGAGAUGUGGAUUGUUUCUCCCGACUGGGCAAAUCGUCCACUGCCGAGUCAAUGCGAUGUGCUUGCGCGCCAUCUGCGCCACGACAAAACCGGGGACUACACGACUGAUAGCUUUGUUUUUGACCCUACUAGUGGAGAUCUAGUUGAAGUUUUGCUGGGACUACGGUUUAUCAGGACUCCCAGGGACUCUUUCACGCGAGUGUUGCAGAGUAUGACGGCGAAUCAAUCGGUCGAGAGGGGAGACCUGGACUCACCGACGAUGGUCCGCCCACUUCCUAAGCCAGACACAGCUUCUCAAGCUGUCAUCCAGUUGCCAAAGGGAUUCACUACAAAUCCACAGACACCACAAUCCUCGGGAAGAAGAGAUCUCGUCAAAGAAAUGGGAGAGCUUGUGGCGAACUUACUCGGCGUCGAUGUCGCAGAGAUUGAACCUGAUGCAAAUCUGGCUGACUUUGGUAUGGACUCUCUCCUUGGGUUGGAGUUGAAUGCCGGUAUCAAAACUGCUUUCUCUUGUACGCCAGAUGAGACUGAGAUCAUGGGAGCGACGACCCUGCGCGACCUGGUGAGAUGCCUGCCAAAUUCGGGCGAUAUUUUCGAACAAGUCACUGUCGAUAACUUGACUGAAUAUCGGCCAUUUGAGAAUUCAUCAUCAGAUACGGUCGAUUCUGCAUCGCAACGCUCAGACUAUUCUCGGUGCAACUUAUCACCCGAUGACAGCAGCCGAACCGCUACCGUGCUCUCGGGCUUCCUGUGGGAUAGUACAGAUAUCUUGGAGUCUUUUUCUGAAACAAAGAAGCUCGGAGACCAGAUGAUUCGGGAGUUCGGCUUAGACAAUUUUUGCGACGUCAUUGUCCCAGAAUCUACUCGAUUGUGCUUAGCGCUUGUGAUCGAAUGUUUUGAGCAGCUUGGAUGUCCAUUGCGAACAGUACAAGCCGGCGCGUCUCUGGGCCCACUGCCUUUCCAACCACAACACCACAUGUUAGUAAAUUAUCUCUACCAUUUCCUGGAGAAAGUUGUAGGCCUGGUGACAGUUGAAGACAAUGGACGGCUCACCCGCACCGAGACGCCCGCUCCCACGACGAGCAGUCAAGAGAUCCUGUACGCGCUCCUGGACAAAUACCCAAGUCAUGAAGAUUCUUUUCGGUUAUCGUACCACGCAGGAAGUCACCUAGCCGGAACGCUGACCGGGAGCACCGAUGCAAAUCGAGUGUUAAUGAGUAAUCCCGAGGGCCGCAGGCUCUGCCAAUCCGUGUACCACAAUUACGCCGUGAACAAGAUUGGGUUUGAAACGAUGCGAAAUGUACUCAAUCAACUGCGUGGGCGGAUCCGUGUGGAGAAUGCGCCACUCCGGGUUCUUGAAAUGGGAGCUGGAACAGGCAGUGCAACCAGCGUGCUGGCACCGCUCUUGGCCUCCUUCGGUAUUCCUUUAGAAUACACGUUCACCGAUAUUUCCUCGUCGCUGGUCGCGCAGUCACGCCGUACAUUCGGGAUCAAAUACCCUUUCAUGAAAUUUGCAGUGCAGGAUAUUGAAAAGGCCAUACCCGAGGAGCUCGCAGGGCAGCAGCACGUCGUGAUUGCAAGCAACGCAAUUCACGCGACACGCAGUCUGACAGACUCGACGCGAAAUAUACGACAGGCGUUGCGACCGGAUGGCUUCCUCAUGAUGCUUGAGAUGCGGGAGGCGUGGCCUGCGCUUGAUCUUACUUUUGGGCUAUAUGAGAGCUGGUGGUUAUUUGAGGAUGGGCGCACGCACGCCUAUACAUUGCCCGAGGUCUGGCAGCGCAGUCUGACGGCUGCCGGGUAUGGGGCUGUCAAUUGGACGGAUGGGGCGCUCCCAGAGCAUAAAUACUACAUGGUUCUUAUUGCUUUGGCAUCAACAAUACAUUCGAAGGCCGUCUGA